AUGGUUUAUUUGGUGUACGGUAUUGCCAUCAGUGCGAUGCUGGCUACCGCUUCCGGAGCCUUCACCGAUCAUUCGAAGAAAAUCUGCAUCAACAAGUACAGUGUCACCUGCUUGAAGUUGGAGAUUGUGUCAUUCCUGGAACGGAUAUCGGAGCAGUCCGAGUAUAGUUUGAUGUCCGGAGUGAGUGUAGUUCGGGACUCGGACGCGAAUGUGACGAAAACGGCGGAAAUAAUUGCCGAAGUUUCUCGGAUCUUCCCGAGGGAUCCGAACAAACGGCUGGAUGAAUUUCUGAUAGUAAAGUUAAAUGAUUAUCUCAAAAGUCACUCCCUGCGGCUGAAGCUCAUGGACAGUGAAGCCAUGGAGAAGGCACGGGAUUUGUUCGAGGGACGCAAAUCGAAACUGGGCAAGAAAGGUGGAUUAGAAACGAUGAUAGCCGCUGCCAUGAUGAUGAAAGGAACUCUCGGAGCCAUCGCCCUUGGAACGUUGGCCCUCAUAGCCGGGAAGGCACUGAUGACCGGCCUGCUGGCGAUGACACUUGCCACCAUAGUGGGUUUUAAAUCACUGACCGGCGGCGGUGGAGGUGGGCACAAGUCUACAACCUACGAAAUUGUGGCCAAGCCGGUAUAUUCUCAUGCCGAAACAGAAGAAAUUGGCCCCGCGCACAGUGGCUUCGGUGCAACCGGAUGGAAACGUUCGCAGCGAUUGGAACAACCGGAGUACUAUGCGCACGAAGUAAACUGA